AGGAACGCAGCUCAGUGACUGUUACAGCAGUCUGAGAUCACUGCAGUGCAGUAGCCAACCAGCUAGCAGCUAGCAGCUAGCAUCCAGCAGCUACUCUCUCAGACAUCAGAGAUAUGGAGGAAACGAUGAUACAAGUCAACGGCUGUCAGAUUGACCCCCUCUGCAUAGGCCCAUAAACAUGUCCACAGAUGACAGUAUCUCUGAGGAUGUGUCCAGCUCGGGGGCUUUGAGCCAUUGCCAUGCCAGUGCCGACGGGGAUGGGGGUAAGGAGAGCGAGACCUCUUUGGUGUCCUCUGAGGGGACGUCAGCCUCAGGGCUGGCUGUCUCAGAGGACAGACACACGACCUCCCAGACAACAGGAGGCACUGUGGAGAGCCGGCCCAUGGACAUCACACCAGCAUGCAACAAGAUCAGGAGUCUUUGUUUGAGCACAGAUGAAGCAUUUGAACAAGGGAAGAGCCUCCCAUUCAUCAACCCGAGCUCCCUGGAGACCCUGAGGGCUUUGGUGCAGGAGAUCCAGAGCAGCGGAGAGACCGACCCCGAGAUGUGGAAGGAUUGUGAGGGCCGAUGGUUGCAUCUGUUUCAGCUGGUCGAGAAGCAAUACCAAGAGCAAAUACUCGCUCAGCAAGGACAAUACCAGUGCCAAAUACAGUUGAUUCAGGAUGAAAUUAAGGCUCUGGUUCAGCUCCAGAACCGCCAGUCCAACGUCCAUCCGCACACAGAGUUCUCUCCAACCUCGCUGACCAAAACUACCACGAACACAAAGAACUAUAUUUUCCCCCUCCUCUCCGGUGACUGCACAGUCCCCAAAAAUAUAGCCAGUGACAAUGACAGCCUGGCAGCUCCUGCCCAUAUCCCCUUCAGCUCCCCUUCACCUCCUCUCCGGAGACCAGAGACCGCCAACCAGGGGGAGGAGCGGGCGACCACGGUGCUCAGCAGCGGGUACGGGACUCUGUCUGCCUGGGACACAGGUCUGGAACCUGCCGGGUCUCCGGGGGAAGAUGAGGAUGGUGUUCAACGGAGGGAGAAGCAUCAUUGGUCCCCGAACUUCCAGGAAGACACAGAGAUGACUGGGAUUGGCUGCCAGCAGGAGUUUUCUCAUGUGAGGACUCUCGGAGUGGAUGAACCCAACCACUCAGUCUACCAGCAGAGAAGCUCUGGCACCAGCCAGCUUUUGACCUCCUGGGCCCAGAGGCAGAAACUCAGGCCCAAGAAGAGCAAAGCAGGACCAGCUUCGUGCCAAAUCCCCGAGUCCUACCAGGAGCAGCCACGCAGCCUCAGAGAACCCCACAAACUAAUCCCCCCGGAGGGCUCAGACCUCCAGGACCAGCAGCAAGCGGCCGGGCCGUCGUCCAGCUCGUUCCCCCUGAGGAGGAGUGACAGCCUGAUGUCUGAGGCAUCAGGCCUCACGUACUGGCGUCUGAAUGAGAAUGAACUGUAUCACCCGCUACCGGACAGCUUUGACAGCGGCGCUUACCUCCUUCUGCAAGAGGCGUCCUUGAGUCUUACUCCGUCUCAGGAGCCUCGUCUGUCUCUCAGAGAGAUCUAUCAGAACAAGCAAAGAUCAGAUUGUAAACGUUCGGACUGGGAAGGCUCCGUUACAUCCAGUCCUUCGUCACCACAGGUGUUGACCUUGGACCCAGCAGCUAACCAGCGGCAGUCAGAUCGUACCUCUGGCUUCACGUCGCCCUCUCACUUCAGCAGCCCUUCGUUCGCCACUCAGCCCCGAGUAGGGACGCCUGUGACCCCCGACAGCAUGGUGGAGUGCAGUCCCAACCCAGGAGAUACAGACUACAUCUCUGACACCUCCAGCGUCUCAGCUGCCGGACCUUCCCCUUGUAAGGUGCAGAGCUCGUGGGGAAACGCAUCCCAGGCCGUCCUGGAUCAGACUCAGCCCUGCUCCCACACAACCAGCCAGCAACGCAGAGCCAGCGCCCCCUUAGCCAGCGAGGAGGAGGCCAGUCGCACCCACACCAGCACCCUGAAACCUUGCUCAGCCUCUGGUGCUACUCUGCGGCCUGCGGUCAGUCCACACAUGGAGAGAGCUUCAUCACUAGAGGAUCCUGUCGUCCUUUCUCUACUGAGACAGAACCUGAGAGAGAAGCACUCUCGACAUGUGGCUGAUCUGAAAGCAUAUUACGAGUCUGAGAUCCAGAUCCUGAGAGACAAACUGAAACUCAGAGAUCUGCCGCGGGACUUGGAGAGGAGCAACCAGGCCCUCACAGAGAGGUGUAAGCACCUGGAGAAAGCUCUGGCUGAGGCCACCGGUCGCAUUCAAGAACUCGAGGCAACAAACUGCUUGCUGGAGAAAAAACUGGCAGAAUGGCCGGACCGGUACGCCGUAGCUGGAGCUGCUGUGAAAUCCCUGCAGCAGCGACUAGAGGAAAGCAAACGCUCGGGCAAAGAGAAGGACGCCGCGGCAGCUCGUUUGAAGAGCCACGUACGGCAGCUGGAGGAGUCGCUGCAGAGAGCCGGCAGGGAGGCCGACGAGAGGGAGGCGAAGAGGGAGAGAGAGUACAAGAUGCUGCAGGAUUUGCUCGGAGAAUACGACUCUCUGGUGAAGGAGCACAACGGACUGAAGAACAACGUGGUGUCAACAGAGAACAAGCUGGUCGACGCCACCGAUCAGAUAUCAGACCUGAAGAGAGUGAUCUCCAAACUGGAGUCUCAGGUGAAGCAGCUGGAGCACGAGAACCAGGCCAGGGCGCGUUAUACCUCCCACAAUAACACACAACCUUCUGGGGCUGGUCUCUUCCACCAUCCUGACCUGCUGCUGUCGCCCAGUAGAGGAAAGGUAGAGCCCGACGUCACCCGCAGGAAGUCUCCUAGUCUUCUAUCUGACCAGCUGAACGGCGGCAGAAAGUCACCGUUCCCUCAAACCAACCAGUCAAGUCUCCACAAGAAGUCUCAGUAUCCGUUACAUGACCAGUCGUCAGGAACUGGAAGCUCUGUGGACUCUUCAGCUGGAGGGAGCUGGAGGUGUGCGUCUCCUCCAGAGUGUGAACAGUCUCUGCCUCAGCACCACAGACACCAGGAGCAGACCCAGCGGGAUGUCGGUCGCAGAGAGGGAUCCUGUACCCUGACCCCCAUGAUGAGGGCCCUGAUAGAGCUGGAGGAGACCAGAGCCACAGAGAGCCGGGCCCCCUGUAAGAACAGCCCCACCACCUACAGGGUCGGCAAUCAGAGGACCACGGUCGGGUUUGUGGAGCGGAGACACAAAGAGGUGAUUCAGGAGCGAGUCGGGCUGCAGGCGGACUGGGAGGUGGUGAAACCUGGAGGAGUCGUGGCCAGAGCUGAGCGAGGAGGAGGAAGAGGAAGAGGAGGAGGAGGAGCGACGAAAAGAGCUGCAGCUCUGCUGAGAGCUCAGAGGAGUCUGUCUCCAGACGGCCACAGAUCCUCCUCACUGCCUCCAGAACAUCGAAACAAACCCACAACGACACCAACAAAGAGAGGAACUUUACUGAUGCCCAUGUCUGCAAAGUCCAGUCCUAAACGCUGCCCCUCCGAGAACUACUCCACCGCUUUUGGUCACCUGAUGCCGAGAGAGGAACACAUGCACAAGAGGAUCGAUGAACAAGAUGACCAGAGACGUCAUUCAUACCACAGCGGCAGUCCCAGGAAGAGACUCCAGUUCACGUCAGCAGACAGAGAUGAUGACCUCCAGCAGCCAGGGCCGUCCGGCAGCGUGAACCCACCGGAGGGGAUCUCCCAGCUGGGCUGGGAGGAGCAGGGAGUCUGCGGUGUAUCCGUCCUGCAGGACUCCUGUGAGGACUUGCCUCCUCUUCUCCUGGACAGACUCGGCUCGCUGGCUGAGGCUGAGAAACUGUUUGACGAGCUGACGCAGGAGAAACUGCAGGUUGAGGCAGCUUUGAGCCGGAUGCCUGGAGCAGGAGGGAGAGUGACUCUACAGACCAGGUUAGAUGAGGUGGCCUUAGAGAAACGUCUGGAGAGACUGAAUCGUGAGCUGGGAUCCAUCCGCAUGACUCUGAAGAGAUUCCACGUCCUCCGCUCCUCUGCCAACACAUAGCAACGUCUGUCUUUUUACAUCACAGCGUAGACGAUGCUACAACUUUAGUGUCUUGGUUUUAUACACUGAUUGUCUCUCUCUGUGCCAUGAGUCCAUCUGUACAGCUAACGCCUCCACGCCUCCAUCUUUUUAUACGUAUUACUCUGGGAUAUUUUUUUAUAUGUCUGAAAGAUAUUGCAAUUUUUGGAGUAUAUAUUUUUAGAAAUGCACAGAUUUGUAAAGUCGUUUACUUUUUUAGUCACAGAAAUAUUAAUAUGAAUAUGUUUUACUUGCCAUAUUCAGGUGUAGAUUUUUUAAAAAUCUGCUAUGUGAAUGAUCAAAAAGACUUUUCCAGCAGAGACAUUGAGACACACUUGGGAAAUAUCACUGCCAUUUUUGCUCACGUGUUUAUUGACAUUUUUAAUUAAUUUAUUUUGUUUUUUUUAACGUAUUUUACAUGUUUAUUUCUUUCAUAUGUUGGUUUUUUUGUACUUGUUUUGGGGCCAAAUUCAUCCAACUUGAAGGAAAUGUUUUGUUUACUUGAAUCAAAUCGCCUUUUUUCUUUGUUUACUUUCCAUUACUGCUUGUCACUUUCUUUGCUUUAUGUUUCAUAUUUGCUACGGGACAGGGCGCUGCGGAUUAGAGCCACUUGUAAAAUCCAAACCAGCACACUUUUUCAGUAGACAAACACACAUUUUCCUCAGUCGGUCGAUGCUUGUGCAUGGAAUUUCUUGCACUGCUUCCUUUUCGCCAUGCAGUUUUCUUACCUGACAUGAUUCAAUGGAACUAUAAUGUUGUUGUUGCACAAUAAAUGAAGCUUUUUUUGAGAA